AUGCAUAACAAAAGCAUUCGCCGAGUCUCCUACAAACGGAGUAUGGACGCACUUUUCGUCAUUCGGAGGGAGAUGCCAGUCCAACGACCACUGCUUCGCAGCGUAUUUUUUGACAUAAAAAUUGGAGAUGAGAAUAUUGGCCGAAUCGUAAUAGGUCUUUUUGGUGGCACUGUUCCCAAAACUGUCGAAAAUUUCAAGUCCAUUGCCAAUGGGUUCCAGAACGAUGGGGCGAAGUUGCAUUACAAGAACAGCAUAUUUCAUCGAGUUAUCAAAGGUUUCAUGAUUCAAGGUGGAGAUUAUGAAAACAGUGAUGGGACUGGAGGUCGAAGCAUUUAUGGUGCAAAAUUUUCCGAUGAGAACUUCAAAUUGCGUCAUUCUGGUUCUGGUUGGGUGUCGAUGGCGAACGCUGGUCCGGACACCAAUGGCAGCCAGUUUUUCAUAACUGUGGCGGCAACGCCAUGGUUGGAUGGCAAACAUGUGGUCUUCGGAAAGGUCGUCAAGGGCAUGGACGUUGUGCGUAAGAUUGAAAACACAGAAACUAACCCAAGAGACCGACCUCUUAAAGACGUUGUUAUUGUGGAUUGUGGAUCGAUACCCGUGGAACCCUAUUCUCUCGACGAUUCAAUGGAUAACUGA